UCAAGAUCUGCCCAGAAUAACAUGGGAAAUAUCUGAUCUUUUAAAAAAAAAUCUAUAUAAUAAGCCUGCAGCUUUAACAAGGGAGGAGCCAGUUUCCAUGGCAAAUAAGUAACAACAGACUUGGAGGUCAACGUGUGUUGUGAGCUGGCAGAUCUUCAGCGACAUCUUUGAGACUUGCACUAUGGUUUUAUCUUUGGUUUUCUUUACUUACUGAGUCGCACUUUGUAACAGAUUUCCCUGAACUCGGAGACUAAAUACCUAGCAAACAUCACCAGCAGACUGUAAUCAGUGACUGGUUUAGGUUCAAUUAACUGUGGAUGUUAAUUUUCUUUCUUUCUUUCUUUUUGUCUCUCUGCCUUUCUUGUUUUGGCCUUCGAUAAAAUCUUGAUACAGAUGGUUAAUGUCUGAAUUUUUAAUGUGGACACUGCCUAAUCCAUUCAAAUUGUCUCUUGAAUGGAGGCUUUUCUGAGCCACAGUUACUGAAAACUGCUAUAUAAAGCAUGUGCAUGAAGUUGUUUUGUUGUUCUUUGUACCGGGGUUGUCAGAACUGUGCAACAUGACAGAGCUUCAUGAAGCUGUAGCUCUGGGUGAUUAUGAUUUAGUGAAUGAGCUUCUGAAAAAAGGGCUUUGUGAUGUGAAUUACAAAGAUACGGAUUGGAAUGACAGGACACCACUGCACUGGGCUGCUGCUAAAGGACAAUCGGAGAUGGUAAAGCUACUUGUGCAGCAUGGCGCUCGCCUUUGCUUGAGAACUGACGUGGGUUGGACUCCAGCUCAUUUUGCUGCUGAGUCAGGAAGACUGGGCAUUCUAAGGACUCUUCAUUUUUUGCAUGCUGCCAUUGAUACAGCAGAUCUCUAUGGGGACACUCCGAAAAGGAUUGCAGAAAUCUACGGACACAAAGACUGCGUGAAGUUCUUAGAAAUAGCUGAGGUGGAAUGCAGGGAGUACCGUUUGGUGGCAGUAUUGAAAGGGAUUCAACUGGACCAGACAGAUGAAGACUGGGAACUCAACAAAGAAGAGCUUGAGAAAAAUACACCCUGUGUUCAAGCAAAAUCUACACUCUCUACUCAAAAGAAAAACAGAGGAAAGAAUGUGAAACAGUAGAGUCUUCAGAUUCCUUUGAACUAGGGAAAGACAUAGAGAGCUAGUCAAAGACACUAAAAGACCCCAGAUACAUCUGGAGUAUGAAACAUACACUAAGUGCUUGUCUACAUGGUGCUUUAGUCCAUGUCAGAGGUGUAAAUUUUAGUCUGCACUAGCAUGGUGUGUGCUAACUGGCUUGUGUGCACCCUGCUGGAGUGCACCGAAAUUCUCUAGUGUGCAUUACUGUAGCCCUGUUUUAGACAGGCCUAUGUUAAUGUGGGAACUUUUAGUAUGCACCACUAGGGUCCAUGUAGGUCAGUUAGUGCAUGACACAUUAGUGGGGACUAAAUUUGACACCCCUCUGGUGUGAAUUAAAGAACUGUGUAGAGAAAACCUAAGAGAAAAAGCAUAUGGUCUGUGUGGUGGGUUGUACAUAUGGCUAUUAAUGGGAAAUGGCUAGAAGUAGUGGAUCUAGCUAUUGUGACAAAGUCAGUCCUGACAGACAGAGUGGUAGAGGGCAGACAUAUCAAUCCUUGAAUGGUGAAGGCCCUGUUCCCUAUGAGCUGAAAAAAGGUUACCUCAGGUUAAGGCCAGUUAAGGGCUGUCAGUGACCUUACAAGCCCUCCUUCUGGCGAGAGUGAGGAGGGGAGAGAGAUGAGAGACAGACUGCAACAGGGUAGUGGCACCACCAGAAAGGAAAGACUUGGUGGAAGGCUGUCUCUCCUCCCAAUAGGGAAAGAAACCGAGUUAACAGCUGCUUGGGGGAAGGACUGGAAAGGAGGAACCAGCAUAGUUGGGUAACACCCAGGAGAGGGGGCAAGGACAAGUAUUUCUGUUUUGAGUUUGGGGAUUUUUUUUGUUUUUUGCUUAAGAGAACUUCUUGGGCCUACCCUGAGGCCUACCAUGUAAAUAAGGAAAAAUAAAAUCAGAGUGAAGAGAAAAACCCUCCGGAGUCAGAUUGAUUUACUCCCGGCCCUGCCACCUCUGGAGGGAGAAGUGCUGAGGCCGAUGAGGUAAAGGAGGUACCCGGCAAUACUGUCUAUCUAGGCAAGAGGUUCCAAAAUUUGGAGAUUUCAUGCAAUUAUUUUAAUACUCAAAUUCAAUGAAUAUGCAUGAUCAUGUUCACAUAAAUGACAGGAAUGUGCCUCUCCUCUGCCUGGGGGAAACAGCAGAAAAGAACCAGAUAGAGACUCCAAAUGAUAGAAGCAGAAGCAGCCUUGGCAGGAGGGACAGCUGUGGCCAUGCCUUCCCUACGUGUGCCCCUAAACCCGGAACUGUGCAGGGAAGACCCCCAACCUUGGGGCUUGGGGACCCACAUGGUGCCUGAUUCUGAGUAGGAGGAUAAUUCUCCAUUCUGCCCUGGAGUUAGUUGUGAGCGGUUACCACUGUGGG